AGUGAAUUGAGUAUUGAUGUUUGAUUUCAUCACAACAUAUAAUGUUACUGAUAACUGAAUAAGUAAAGUUCAAGCCAAGCUAAGCUGGUAAUGCUCUUGAAGCCUCGCUAGCCAAGUAGUUGGUGUUGUAAUAAAUAUAAAAUCUGUUGAUAUAAGAAAAAAAACUAUAAAAACCGUCUGAAAAAUUAUUUGUGAAAAUGAAGGAAAUGAAGUAUCUGGUGAUGAUGCUAUCAUGUUUGAUGGGGAUAACUGAGGUAUGGAGUGCAAAGAUACUAGUGAACCCAUAUUCCCAAGGCUUUAACUCCAGACUGAUGAACAUGGAGAAACUCACCUGGUUAUUACUUGAGGAUGGACAUGACGUCUCUAUGGUGGUCAACAGUAGAUAUGAUGAAACAAUGAGACCAAUCUCCAAAAAUGUGACUUUCUUCAAGUAUGACGUCCCUGACAAUGCCGUGUUGAUAAAUGAUGAGGAAGUAAUCAGUACGAUGCAAAAAGCUUCGUUAAUUGAAGGCAUUAAUUUGAUUGUAAAUAUCUCGUGCAGCGCUUGUGAGGAUGUUCUAGCUAGCGGAAUUCUACAGAUAUUGAAGGCUCAAAAUUUUGAUCUAUUUUUCUUUGAUUAUGCGGAAGAUUGUGCCCGCUUUUUAGUUGAUUAUCUUGAUAUACCAACUAUUUCUUAUGUCAAUGAAGGGGCUGGUUCGGAAUUAAUAUUUGGAACUUUAGGCCACCCAGAACCUUUGGCCAUUGUUCCAAGUCUUCUCGUUGGUUUUCCUGAUGCCAUGACAUUUCUUCAAAGAGUUGAAAACACAGUCACUAACAUAAUCAUGCAUUGUAUUGCUUAUAAUACAUUCCAACAUUUUACAACAUUACGCACUAAAUAUGGAUUUAACACAUCUCUGUCCAUCAUGGAUACCAAUUCUCGAGGUGUAGCUCUUCAGUUCAGUAAUAACCAUAAUGUACUUGACUGGGUGAGACCUUUGAUGCCAAACCAUAUCUACAUUGGGGGUAUAUAUUUCGCUCCUCCUAAGUCACUUCCAAUCAACUUGGAAGCCAUCGUGGAAAAGGCAUCGACUAAUGGUAUCAUAGUUGCAAGCUUUGGUUCAAUAUUUAAAUCGAGUUUUCUUGAUCGAGAAUUAAUUGAACAAAUGGCAAUUGCAUUUGCUAGUAUACCAAUGACAGUGAUCUGGAAAUACUCUGGAGAACCUCCGAAAGCACUUGGCGCAAACACACAUCUGAUAUCAUGGAUUCCUCAAAAUGACCUCCUGGGACAUCCCAAGGUUAAGCUUUUUGUGACACAUUGUGGCUGUAGCUCUACAUAUGAAUCUAUCUACCAUGCACUCCCGGUUGUUACGAUCCCUCUGAGUGUUGACCAGUAUAAACACUCAACACAGCUCACAUCAAGGCUUGACAUGGGCGUUGAAGUAGAUUUUACAACUUUAGUGAAUACAACUCUUAUUCAUGCAAUCAACAAAGUUAUUGGUGACCCUUCAUAUAGGAAAAAUGCUCAAGAUGCUUCAAAACUGAUAAAAGACAACCCAAAUAAUCCAAAAGAUUUAUUCUUAUAUUGGGUGAAUUAUGUAAUUAGGAAUAAAGGCGCAAAACAUCUAAAAUCAAAACCAAUGCAAGAACUUUACUUGUUUCAAUAUUUCUUACUUGAUGUGUUUUUAUUUCUUGGUGGGAUUUUGACACUGGUAAUCAUCAUUGGAGUUGCCUCCAUCAAGUUUAUUUAUAGGAAAUUAAUGUUGUUAUGUACAAGUAAGACUAAAAGAGAUUAGACAUGGUUAACUAUGUUUCAUUUAUGGAAAAUUAAUGCUGUUAUGUACAAGUAAGACUAAAAAAGAUUAGAUAUGGUUAACUAUCACCCCAGAAUAGCCUUGUUAUGUACAAGUAAGACUAAAAAAGAUUAGACAUGAUUAACUGUUUUAUUUAUGGAAAAUUAAUGCUGUUAUGUACAAGUAAGACUAAUAAAGAUAAGAUGUGGUUAACUGUUUUAUUUAUGGAAAAUUAAUGCUGUUAUAUACAAGUAAGACUAAAAAAGAUAAGAUGUGGUUAACUAUGUUUCAUUUGUGGAAAAUUAAUGUUGUUAUGUACAAGUGAGACUAAAAAAGAUUAGACAUCGUUAACUAUGCUUCAUUUAUGGAAAAUUAAUGCUGUUAUGUACAAUUAAGACUAAUAAAGAUAAGAUGUGGUUAACUAUGUUUCAUUUGUGGAAAAUUAAUGUUGUUAUGUACAAGUAAGACUAAAAAAGAUAAGACAUGGUUAACUAUGUUAAGAAUGUAAAGUCAAGAACUCAUAGUAUUGUUACUUACAAUCUUUAAAGGCCCCAUGUAAAGUUUAAACCGCUUUGGCCUAUAUUGUAGUCUUACCCAAUGUUAUCAAAGUGUGAUAUGUGAAACUUUUUUUUUUAAUUUCAAAAAGUGGUUUUUGAUAGACUUUUUGUUCCAAAAUUUGUGAAUUUAUUUAAAACCAACUUUUAGAGAUCACUCAUAUCUUCUAAUUAGUCACAAUUCAUACCAAUGCAUAGCAUACAUCCUCCCAUGUUUUUUGCCGAAAAAAUUAAGAAAAUCGGUUGAUAAACAAGCGAGAAAUGAACUAAUCAGUGCAUGAAAAUGGUUCUGAGAAAAAUGCAUUUCAAAAUUUUAGUUCUCAUAGAAACCAAUGGUACAAUGAUAUCUAAAACAUAAUUUCUUCUUCCUUUUAACCUGGUUAGACAAUCAACAUUGGUUUUUUAUGAAAGUCUAGCAAAUUUAGAAAAGAUUGACAUCGAAAAAUUUUUUUAAAUUUUUUUCAAAAAGUUUUUGUUACCUUAGUGACA